AUGGUUAGCGCAGGUGUACCUGAUACACUGGAUAAGGAGUCCGCUGUUCAUGCGGAACAUGCUGUGGAGAAUGCGCUCGCUAUCCUCUCGGCCCAGGUGCAGUACGACAAUGGAAGGAUCAAGGAUCUCGUCCGCUCUCCUUAUGUCUUUGGCGCCGCGAUGCUGGCAUCGUUUGGUGGAUUCUCAUUCGGCUACGACCAAGGUGUCAUCUCAUUGAUCCUAGUCAUGGACCAGUUCCGCGAGACCUACCCCGAGACAUCCCCAGAUAGCCCCAGAUACGGCUUCCAUACUGGCUUUAUGACGGCGAUGCUUGAGCUUGGUGCCUUUGUGGGCUGCUUGUUCUUUCCUGCAAUUGCGGACCGAAUCUCUCGAAAAUGGGGGCUCACUGUCGCGACUGUGUUUUUCGUUGUUGGUGCUAUUAUCCAGACUGCGGCCCCGGAUUACAAUACUCUUGUCGCUGGCCGAUUUAUUGGAGGUAUUGGUGUCGGCACUCUGGCUAUGGGGGCUCCCUUGUACAUCUCGGAGGUUGCACCUCCGACGUGGAGAGGUUCCCUGUUGGUCAUGGAGGCUAUUAGCAUCGUUAUUGGGGCCAUCGUGGCGUACUGGUUGACAUAUGGGACGAGAAUUAUUCCUGGAGACUGGGCUUUUAGACUGCCGUUUCUUCUACAAAUUAUCCCUGCGCUUGUCGUAGGCGGCGCAAUCCACUUCUUCCCAUUCUCCCCUCGCUGGCUGGCGAUGCGAGGCCGCAAUGGGGACAGUCUCGCAGCACUGGCACGCCUCCGACGCCGUCCUGAACAUGAUACCCAAGUUCAACUUGAAUGGAAGGGUAUCCUCGCCGAGAUUCGCUUCCAGGAAGAGAUGCUUGAGCGAGAAUACCCGAAUCAUAAGGACAAUCCUAUACGGACUGAUCUCCGGCAAUGGCUUGGUCUGUUCAACAAGAGAUACUUCCGUCGCACACUUGUCGCCCUGGCCAUCCCCUUCUUCCAGCAGUUCUCGGGUAUCAAUGCGUUUGUCUACUACGCGCCAACGUUCUUCGAAGCCCUCGGGCAAAAAAGAGAGACCUCGCUGAUUCUGUCGGGCAUGAUAAACAUCAUACAAAUGGUCGGUGGCAUCCCGACCAUGAUGUACCUCGAUAAAAUCGGUCGACGAACUCUUGCCAUCUGCGGUGGCAUCGCAAUGGCAAUACCCCAUCUUAUCAUGUCUGGCAUGAUGAAUCGUUUCAGUGCGAAUUGGCAUGCCCACCGAGGCGUGGGUUGGUUCUGCGUUGCGCUUAUCUACCUCUACGUCCUCUUCUUUGCAGCCUCAUACGGCCCACUCGCCUGGGUUCUACCUGCAGAAGUCUUCCCCAGCUCAAAGCGUGCAAAAGGUGUCGGGGCCGGAACAGCGAUGAUCUGGCUGGCGAAUUUCAUUAUCGGCGUGGUUGUUCCCGAGAUGCUGAUUUCGCUGGGUUGGGGGACGUUUUUGUUCUUUGGGUUGUUCUGUGUAGCUGCUGCAGUGUUUUCGUUUCUAUUUAUCCCUGAGACUUCGGGGAAGUCGCUGGAACAGGUUGCCGCAGUGUUUGGGGAUCAUCUUGCGGAUGAUGAGCGGCAGUUGCAUGCUCGGGUUGCGAGGGAGGUGUUGGCUGAUCCCAUGGGUGGGACGGGGGGCAAGGUUAUUGUAGAUGAGGCGUAG